UCGAGCCGGUUGCCCGAGCAGCAUCAGCAGCAGCAUCGGUGGGACUGAAGCAGGUUGUUUGGGGACUGAAUGUCUUACUGACUUCUGAAGGGACUCGCAGCUGAGACGGAGGACGAGGACAGUGACGCUGUUAGGAUGGCUUCAAACUUCAACGAUAUAGUGAAGCAGGGCUACGUGAGGAUUCGGAGUAAGAAACUGGGGAUUUUCAGAAGAUGCUGGCUUGUAUUCAAGAAGGCGUCCAGUAAAGGACCACGACGAUUGGAGAAAUAUUCAGAUGAAAAAGCCGCUUACUUCAGAAGCUUUCACAAGAUUACUGAGCUGCACAACAUUAAGAAUGUUACUCGAAUGCCACGAGAGACCAAGAAACACGCAGUGGCAAUCCUUUUCUGUGAUGAGACGUCAAAGACAUUUGCCUGUGAGUCAGAGCUGGAGGCUGAGGAGUGGUGGAAGUUAUUGUGUUUGGAGUGUUUGGGCAGCAGACUUAAUGACAUCAGCCUGGGAGAACCGGACUUGUUAGCAGCAGGGGUGCAGAGGGAACAGAACGAAAGAUUUAAUGUUUACUUGAUGCCGACCCCAAACCUGGACAUCUACGGGGAGUGCACAAUGCAGAUCACCCACGAGAACAUCUACCUUUGGGACAUCCACAAUGCCCGAGUCAAGCUGGUCAUGUGGCCGCUCAACUCCCUGAGGAGAUACGGCAGAGACUCGACCUGGUUCACAUUUGAGUCCGGGAGGAUGUGUGAUACGGGGGAAGGUUUGUUCACAUUUCAGACCAGAGAAGGUGAGAUGAUCUAUCAGAGAGUUCACUCUGCCACGCUGUCCAUCGCCGAGCAACAUGAACGCAUGAUGAUGGAGAUGGAGAAGAGCUCACAGACUCUUUCAAACGAGAGCACAUUAACAAAGUCGAUAUCUCUCCCGCGAAGUGCUUACUGGCACCACAUCACGCGUCAGAACAGCGUGGGAGACAUUUGCAAUUACCAAGGUACGAGCUUGACUAUGACACUCAUUCCACGAGCGCAGACGUUUCAAAGCUUCCUUUCCGAGCAGACGGAGGAGGAACGGAACCAGGAGCAAGCAACAGCGGCCUCUAGUGGCGGCGACAGGGACUGCAGCAGCUCGCCGCUCCGUUGACGUGCGCUGUCACGGCUGGACGUAAGCCACGACUCACGGACAUUCCAAAGCUUUAGGAAGCUUCUAGACACAUGUACAGUAUGAACUCUCUCUCUCUCUAUAUGUAUGACUUAAUAAUUAUUUGUAGAACAGUGUGUAUAUUAAGAACUCUAGAGGCCUCUUUUUGUACGUUGAAGAAGAAAAAAUGCCAAAAAGUUGUACCAUAAUCUUUAUUUUCCUUGUGUAGUUGAGGACAAAUGGACCUCCUGCGGUUAUUUUUCAGAGUUACUGUAAAUAUAAUGCGCUGUAGCGUUUACACAACAAGUUUCUUGCAUUUUUGUCUGUCGUCCUAAUGGGACACCUACUUGGAUUCUGUCAAACAGUAGGCCUACCUGUUUGUGUUUUAGCACCCUGCACUUUUAAAUAGACCAAUAUCAGCGUUUGUUUGUUUGUUUGUUUUGGGCGGAGCCUAUUUGGUGGCAGAAAAUGACAGUUAGCCUAUAACAUAGCAGUCUAUUCAAACCAUGGAAUAAAAGAAUACAAAAUGUAAUUUAAAAAAAUUCUGACUUUUUUCCUCGCAAUUCCGAGAUUAUAUCACACAAUCCUGGUUAGAAAAAUGGACUCGUCAUUCUUUCUUUUUAGUUUAUAAUCCCACACCUCUGUUGUUGUGUUUUUUAUUUUAUUUAUUUUGUUCUCAAGGAGAUAAAAAAAAGAGAAAAAAAGUCAGAAUUGCAGAUAAAAUAGGUAAAUGUUAUAGUUUUAAAUAAUUAUUCAUGCAUGUAUCUCAACUGUAGGGCUAAUACAAUAUGUCCCUACAGUAUUUUCAAAUUCAUGCUUUAAAAGUAGGGUAAUAAUAGCAGGUUUGAUCCGUGCAUGGUCUGUCCGUUUAAACAUUUGCAUUUAGCUUCAAAUAGCGUCUUUGUCGACAGAAGUAUAUAAAAAUUAUUUGCAUUACGAUUCUGACAUCCAAAUGCACAACAAUAAUUUGUUUCUCUUAUUCCAUGGAUCUUACCCUGUUCCCUCCAUUUGUUCCCAGUGUUUUUCUGCCACCACAGUGCGUGAGCUGCAAGUGAUGUAACUGUGACGUCUCCUCCAAAUUGGUCUAUAAGAGCUUGUUUUGCACUUUUGUCAUUUGCUUUGGGGUCCAUUAUAUGCAGCCAUGUUGUCUGUAGAUGUCUGCAGUGUGGUGUUUUGGGAGAUAUGAUAAAAUAUAUAGUUUUAAAGGGAUAGUUCACCCAAGAAUUGGAUGCUCUGUUAUAAUUUGCUCACUUUCCAAACUUGUGUGAGUCUUUUUUUCUUAAUUCUAAAUAACUCAAAAGCACUAUAUAACAAAAGGGUCCACAAAACUGGAUUCUGAAUAUUCUGAAGCCAUACUGUUGCAUGAGGAACAGACCCAAAUUUAAGUCAUAACACAAUCAUAUCACAAAUGUAAGAUUUUUUGAGUCAGAUCUUCUCAGUGAAUCUGUUGAUCUAGUUCACAGAAGCAGCUCGAAUGAUUCAUUUACUAAUCUGGAGUCAAUUAUCUGGUCACAGUGCAGUCACUGAGUUAUACAAGUUUGGAAUGACGUGAAGGUGAACAUUUUUGGAAGAGCUAUUCCAUUUAAUAAUUUCUCCCCAAAACCUAAUUUUAUAUUAAACGAGUUUCUGAAAUGUGUCUACACACUGGAUGUGAGGUCCGGUUAAUCUGAACCUUCUCACACUGCAGAAGAAGUGCCUUCAGACUCUGCUAGACUGAGACUCUGGCUGGAACGCUGAUUAAAUGAACAUCCUGCUAGCCAUCCAGCAUGUUUAUAACUGAAUUACGUUUAUACGUUGACGCGGCAUUUGUCUGAAAGAAGAACGAAAUGUCUUUUCUCUCCCUGCAAAGGAAAAUGCUUUUCCAAUAACUCAGCUGAAUGACUUUAAAGGUUUCAAAGGUUGAACCGAUCUCGUAUAGAUAGCUGAUGAUAGAAGUGUGCACAGAAACAAUAAUGCAUUCAGUGUGACAAUCAAUAAAUAUUUACUCAACCAUAAAAUACCUUUAAAUGACUUUUGAUGUUUUGUCUAAUUGUGCUAGAAAACUUGUUUCAACCAGAAGAAUAACACAAUGAUCAUGUCAUAUCUCAUGAUGUGGAGCUAAAGGUUUGAGAAGCACAUGAAGAACCCCCCCCCACCCAUGUAUUUAUUUACACAGAAAUCGUUCUAGUCAGCAUUUAGUAGAGCUUGAAUGUGAAUUAACCUCUGUUUUAUUACAAUGUGCAUUGUUUUGUUUUGUUUUUUCAUUUAAACAUGUCUUUAAAAUGUGAACGCCCUUUUCUAAGGGGAUUUCUAAGGGAUAUUUGGUCAAACACUGUGGUCAAACACUUUAAAUCCAUGAGAUUUCGGACCUUUUUUGUUUGUUUUUUCAGGCAUCAUUUCUUGUACAAUGUCUUUCUGGUUGUGUUAAAGCAUUUACAUCAGUUUUAGUUUGUCUGUGUGUAUGGUUAUUUGUAAUUGUUGUUUUUUGCUUUUGUUUUUUAUCCAUGUUUUAUUUUUAGGCAUUGCUUAUUUUGUCCUGUGUGGAUAUGUCAAUGUUUACUGAGUAAAAUAAACUGAAUGGACUUUACAGAAUCCCUUGAAUAUUGUAUAUGCAUCGGCAAUAAAGAAAUA